GAGAGAGAGAGAGAGAGACUGGGAAUGUGUGUGUUGUGCUGAAAGAAGGUAGGUUAUUUCGCUGAGGAUCCUGGGUACAUAGCUCAAUAAUAAUGCAGCGAAGAGGACUUUAAACACACAUGCAACAACACAGGGACGAGAGAAAACGGAGAACACACAUUGUUGCUCUGGAUUUUACGGGUCUCUCUGUACACUGUAAAUACGCUUAGUUUAGUUACAUUAUAUUCACAUAAUCGCUUCUACCCCAUUGAUAUGACCGCGUCCUGUUCCGCUUGCUUGGCGAGAGAGAGUACAACAACAGGAAUUAAUUCUAGUUACGCUGUUCUGUUCCCUUCGAGUCGGUUUACCGGGAAAUGGUAACGUUUACACAGCAUUGGAAGGACCAUGGUUGAGGCGAGCAGCAAAUUUCUCCUAAUCGUAGUCGGCUCCGUCUGUUUUAUGCUGAUUUUAUAUCAAUACGUUGCGCCCGGGGUUAUCAAUUUCGGCUCACCACACGGCUAUUUCACUGAGGAGGACGAUGGUGGGGACAUUUUCCCUUCCCCAGACCCGCACUACGUCAAGAAAUACUACUUCCCAGUCCGGGAUUUGGAGCGAACGGUGGAAUUUGAAAUCAAAGGAGAAGACGUGAUCGUGUUUCUACACAUUCAGAAGACAGGAGGGACAACUUUCGGGAGACACCUGGUUCAGAAUGUGAGGUUGGAGGUUCCGUGUGACUGUAGACCGGGUCAGAAGAAGUGUACCUGUUAUCGACCCAACCGAAAAGAGACCUGGUUAUUCUCCCGGUUCUCCACCGGUUGGAGUUGUGGCUUACACGCGGACUGGACCGAGCUAAAAAAUUGUGUUCCUGGAGUUCUAGAUAAAAAGGAGACCAGGAUGAAAAAUGAAAGGAAAUUCUACUACAUAACCCUCUUAAGGGACCCAGUGUCUCGGUACCUCAGCGAAUGGAGACACGUCCAGAGGGGCGCGACGUGGAAGACCUCAUUACACAUGUGUGACGGACGAACCCCUACGCCGGAGGAACUACCAGCCUGCUACGAGGGUUCUGAUUGGUCAGGAUGUACCUUGCAGCAGUUCAUGGACUGUCCUUAUAACCUGGCCAAUAACAGACAGGUUCGUAUGCUAGCGGACCUGAGCCUGGUAGGCUGCUACAACAUGUCUACAGUCCCAGAGCAGAGGCGUUCUCAGCUGUUAUUAGACUCCGCUAAGAAGAACCUGAGGGACAUGGCCUUCUUCGGCCUGACAGAGUACCAGAGGAAAACCCAGUUCCUGUUUGAACGUACCUUCAGACUGAGGUUCAUACGACCCUUUAUGCAAUACAACAGCACCAGAGCGGCCGGAGUGGAUUUGGACAACACUACGGUGCAGCGCAUCGAGGAGCUGAAUGAGCUGGACAUGAGGCUGUAUGAUUACGCCAGAGACCUGUUCCAGCAGAGAUACCAGUACACCAGGCAGCAGGAACGACGGCUGCAACGACUCAGGACCCACAACCAGAACGGUCAGGGGCUAGGGGUCGAGGGUCAAGGCCUGGGAGUGGGCCUGUGGCCUUCUAGAUCCAAACUAACCCCUGGACCAGGAGAGGGAGAAGUGGAGGACCCAGAGGAUGGGGAGGUGGGAGGGAGGUUACCGACGGAAGACUAUAUGAACCAGAUAAUUAAGCGUUGGUAACGCACACACACUCAUCAGAGGUUAGAGGUCAGGGGUGAAAGUGUAUAGGGUAGUUAUGGAGACUGAAGUAGAGGAAUGGAUUGAAUGUCGCUGAUAACUGACUUUCAUCAUUCCCUCUCUCUCGCUCUCCCUUGCCUCCUCUCUCCCUUGCCUCCUCUCUCCCUUGCCUCCUCUCUCCCUUGCCUCCUCUCUCUCUUGCCUCCUCUCUCUCUUGCCUCCUCUCUCCCUUGCCUCCUCUCUCUCUCUGGUACCCCACGUAAAGUGUGCGGUGAAAAAAACUAUAGUGGUGAAACUCCCAGAAAUCCCUUGAAAAGGACCUCUUUACUUCCUGGAUGUAUAGCUCCAAUCAGAGAGCAGAGCUUUGAACUAUUGGACAGAAAGUUUUCCUUUGGCUGAGCUGAACCAAGAAAAUGAAAAUGUAACAUUUACAGAAAAAAGUCUACGUAAAGCAAGAGUUGGACUCUGGAUAAAAAGCUUUUUGCUUGGAAAUCAGCCACCAUUUCAGACAUGAGAAUUGGGGCGACAGGUCGCCUAAUGGUUAGAGUGUGUUGGGACUAGUAACCAAUUGGUUGCAAGAUCGAAUCCCUGAGCUGACAAGGUACAAUUCUGUCGUUCUGCCCCUGAACAAGGCAGCUUAACCCACUGUUCCUAGGCCGUCAUUGAAAAUAACAAUUUGUUCUUAACUGACUUGCCUAGUUAAAUAAAUGAACAUGUGUCUUAAUGGCGCAAUUCUCAUUUUAGAACUACUAUGUUUAUUAUUAUAGCGUUUUUAUGUGUUUUUUAAAAGCAGCAUUGUGAUGACACUGAGACCAAUGUUACUGCCUAAAGACAGUGUGUCUUUUAUUUGUAUGUUUUUUAAAGGAAAUGUAACCGAUAGAUGGACGUACCAUGGACCAUAGCCAUUAUUUAAAAAUGAUGGGGACGUUAUGCAUAUAUGUGUGUAGACAACUGGGUAGCAAUCCAUCCAAAUUACAUCCUAUUCCCUUUGUGGGGCACUACUUCCAUUCCAACACCCUAUUAUUCCUUAUGUAGUGUGCUACUUCUGGUGCCCCUAUUCCCUAUAUAGUGCACUACUUUUCAUCAGAUCCCUAUGUUGCCCUAUAAGAAAUAGGGUGUGGUUUGAGACGUGGCCAUGGAUGUGAUGAAUGUUAGAGCUGAUCUGAUGCAGUGUAAAUGGAACUGAGGCCAACCCUACUUCUGAUUGGUAGUUAGUGCCUCUCAGGACAGGCAUGAUGACUAUUAGACCUACCUGAUAUUUCAGGCUCACACCACUUUUUUGACUACUUUUCCACUGUGUUUCUGUGUGUGUCUCUCUGUGUGCACAUACACAUGUAAAUAGUGUAAAUAGUGUGUAUGCGUUUGUAAAUAUCCUGUGUGAUUGUGUGUGAGAUAGAGAGAAUUGCAGUAGCUUUGCUGUGUGAUUGACUUGCUAUAUGACCAAUCUCUUACCAUAGUGUUAGAGGUCUGAAGGGGAACCCUUUUCAUGUAUUCUUAACAUGGAGGGAGAGACACACUCACACAGAGACGAAUGCUUGAGGUAGAUGUUUCCCUUAACCGUAGGUCACCUUGAUAUCUGCCUCUGUGUCACUCCCACUCCCAUGUCCAAAAUAACACACACACACACAUUACAGCACUACUCAGCGAUGGUAAUGCUUUUGGAGUCCCUCAAACUCAAAUUAUACCAGGCCAUACUGCUAUAAACUUUCUUUACAAUCUUAUCGCUUACACUAGUGUCUUAAAUAUUUCCGUUGAAUGAAAUUGAAUAUUUCCCAUCACAAAUGUUUACUUCCUGUGUGUCUCAACUCGUUUUUUGAAUGUUCUGCGGAUGGUGUCCCGUUCCCACUAUCAGCGUCAUUCAGGAAAUGAUCUUAUGAUUUGCAAUAACGGAUCAUCAAACCCACUAAUUAAAAUAUUCCAUUUUUGAAAAACUG